AACAGAAAAUCUCUCUUGCUCAGCCAACACGGCACGCGCGACCUCGUGUGUUUCUCUGUAGGGACUAAAAUCAGUGAUUUUUAUCGAUUUUUCCCAAAGCCUAGUGUGAAACAGCCGCCAUUCUGUAGUUACUCGCUAACUUCAUCUAAAGAAUCUAUUGGUUUUCGCUUACGAUCGCAGUUUUCCAGAUCAAAGCCCCAUAGCGAAAUAUGGCUUCCUCACUGGCGUACGAGAAACACUGGGCGGAUAAAUCCAACCUUGACGGUGCCGAGAAGAAGUACUACGAGUACUUGGCUCAGCUUUCACAAGGAAAACAACCUACAUGUCCUAACGUAUUUUCGUCGAAGGCUGUUGUUCCGGUCAUCCAGCCCAAACCGGCUGCUGUUUCCAACAAAAGGGAACAAGCUCCAACCAAAGCAGUUGUUCCUCCCGCAGCAGCAAUUUCAGAGGCCGACCAAAACAAGGCAAAGAAAGAUAAGAGGAAGAAUAAGAAAAACAAGAAAGAUGCUUCCCAAUCGCCGGAUCCCGCAAGCUCUUCUAGCGUUAGCGAAUCGGUAAAGGUACACCCAGAGGCAAUAACACGACAUAACACAGAUUCUGCACUCGAUGAUGCUUCCAAGGAUCAAUCCAAAAAGAAGGCAAAGAAAAACAAGAAGAACAAGGCCGGCCAGGAAACUGCAGGCGCUGCUAACGAAGCGACUGCCCUUGUGCAUCGUACUAACAAAAAGUUACUAACCCAAAAGGAGAACACCAAAAAUCUUAAGGAGAAGGAGAAUCUGGCACAUAAGCUGUGCGAUAACAUAACCGAGGAAUUGAGCAAGAUGAGUUCCUUCCCGGCACAGUGCACCCUGGCAUCGGAAAUCUCCAAGGCCAGACAACACAUCAAGAAUUCUCUUGAACGAAUGGAUGGAAUUGCCGCCCUAGCGGCCAGCCCCGGUGCCGAAUUGCUGGAUCGUCUAUCCACCGUUGAGAAAGAGAACGACAAGCUUCGUUCCGUUAUCGAUGGCCUCAACAAUCUGGUAAUCGAUCUGCAUGCUCGUGUCAAGGCACUGGAAUCCGGUGCUGCCGCACCUGCCACGAAGUCCGCCGCAACCUCUGCCCCCGCUCCAGUCGCUGACGACGACGAAGAUGACGACGAUGUCGACCUUUUCGGAUCGGAGGACGAAGACGAGGACAAGGCAGCCGCUGAGUUGCGUGAGAAGCGCCUUGCCGAAUACGCCGCCAAGAAGUCCAAGAAACCUGCCCUCAUCGCCAAGUCGAAUGUCAUCUUGGACAUUAAGCCUUGGGAUGACGAAACCGACAUGAAGCAGAUGGAGGCAGAAGUUAGGAAGAUCACCAUGGAUGGACUUCUGUUGGGAGCUUCGAAGCUGGUGCCAUUGGCUUACGGAAUCCAUAAGCUGCAACUGAGCUGCGUCAUCGAAGACGACAAGGUGUCCGUCGAUGAACUGCAGGAGAAGAUUGAACUGAUUGAAGACUACGUCCAGAGUGUGGAUAUUGCUGCGUUCAACAAGAUCUAAAUUUCUUUGCGGCGCAACAUCAGUCUCAACAAAUAACCAACACGUACCAACUGCGUAUUCAUCUAUCACACCUCUUCCUUUCAAAUUGAAAGUUUUACAGCAUAAUAGAACGCGUUUAACUUGAACAAGAAUAAAAGAUCUAUGUACUCAGCAAGACUAAGGGCAUCAUGAAUGUUCAAAAUAAAGUAAAGAAGAAUUUA